CGCAGAAUUUUCAUUUUUGCUGGCCUGUUCUUGACCACCACCCCAGUUGACGCUUCUCCACCUGCUACGGCCACUCGGAUGCAUGUAUUCUGAUCUGCUGCAUAUCGAAGAGACGGCAUACGGAGGACGUGGCCUAUUCGCAACGACAUCUAUACCGAAAAACGCCCUUAUCUACACUUGUUCAUCGCCCUACGCCUCCGUGAUAUACCGCGUAUUUCGCAAAGAAGUCUGUGGCCACUGCUUCUCAUAUGCAUUCGACAGCAAUCGGAACGCGUGGAACAUCCGACGUGACGGUGCCGGAGUAUGGUUUUGCUCCAUAGGAUGUCGUGAUGCCUGGCAGGAUGGAGAUGGUUUACUGGGGAAAAUGCACGCUGCGGUCGAUAGACUGGUGAGAUCGCUCAAGGGUGAAGCAAAGGAACCUCGCUCCAGGAAGGUGAUUACCAGCAAGAAAGAUCUAGACGCCGCUUGGGCGGCAUCCACAUUCGACGUUGAGCCUCUGACACAGCUAGAGCUUGAUACCGUACGAUUUCUUGCGUCUGUUCUCAUGGUGCGAUACACGGGCGGGGGUGAAUGGGAAGAUUUCAUACAGCUACAGGAUAACGAGCUCGAGUACAUCCGUGGGCGCCCACAGGAUCUUGACUCUCAAAUCCGGGUAUAUGCGUUCCUCCGCAAAGCGGCGCAAGCAGUGCCGGAUUUCUACGCAUAUGUGACAGUGGAUACUGUACGUGCUAUCCUCGGGCGCGACCAGGGGAACGCCUUUGGGCUGUACGAUAUGUCCACGUCGGGGGAUAGCGAGAUGCUGGGAUUCGCGAUGUACAUCAAAGCGUCGUAUUUCAACCAUGAUUGUUCUCCUAAUGUCCGCAAGCAACGGGAAGGACGCUCGAUGCACUUUUAUGCCGCCCGGGAUAUCGAAGCUGGAGAGGAGCUGUGCAUUAGCUAUAUAGAUGUGAGCGAUCCCGUUGGGAAGCGCCGGGAGGAGCUGGCUAGAGAUUGGUAUUUCACUUGUUUGUGUCGACGAUGCGAGAAUGAGUGAGUAGACUUUGACUUCAAUUUUCUACUAUUUCCCUCAAGGCAC